UUCUUUCUCAUUCCUUUUCACUCUCUCCAACCUCAUUGUUUAAACACAUUCGGGCUGGGAGGAGUGCAAUGACUUGGUAUCUUCUGCUAAUAGUUUCGUUUAUUUUUCUCAUAAAUUCUUCGUCAGCAGCCAGAGUUUCGAUCAAUGUGCAGAGGCUCGGAGCCAGAGCUGAUGGCAAGACAGAUGUGUCAAAGAUCCUACUGAGGGCGUGGAAUUCAGCUUGCGCGUCGAGAAAUCCAGCUCAAGUGUACUUGCCGCGAGGAAGAUACUUGAUUCGGAGUCCCAUAGUGUUCAGUGGCCGCAACUGUAGGAAGAGCAUGGCAAUGCGGAUCGAUGGGACUAUUGUGGCUUCCACGAAUUACAAUCUUAUCGGAAGCGCGGAGAACUGGAUCAAGUUUGAGAGAGUUAAUGGACUUACAGUCUCCGGGGGUACCAUAGAUGCUAAAGGUACUGGUUUGUGGAAUUGUAAGAAGUCCGGAAAGCGCUGCCCUAAUGGCGCCACGACUUUGGGAUUUUACAGCUCGACGAACGUUGUUGUGAGUGGACUAACGUUAGUUAACAGUCAGAUGUUCCACAUGAUCAUCUACAAAUGCAACAAUGCCAAUAUACGAGGAAUCAAGAUCUCAGCACGCGCGAGUAGCCCCAACACAGAUGGCAUCCACGUUCAGUUAUCAUCCGGAACGAACAUAGUGAACUCUCGGAUCAGUACCGGAGAUGACUGCGUAUCAAUUGGACCUGGAACCACGAACACGUGGAUUGAAAACGUUUCCUGCGGCCCCGGUCAUGGCAUUAGCAUUGGAAGCUUAGGCUGGGAUGCGCAAGAACCUGGAGUACAAAAUUUGACAGUGAAAUCUGUAACGUUUCGGAACACAGAUAACGGUGUGAGAAUAAAAACAUGGGCGAGGUCCAGCACUGGAUUCGUCAGAAAUGUUCUUUUCCAGCAUAUCGUUAUGAAUAAUGUCCGAAACCCUGUUCUUAUAGAUCAAGACUACUGUCCUAACGCCCGAAAUUGCCCAAGCAAGGUUUCGGGAGUGAGGAUUAGCAAUGUAAGGUAUCAGGACAUCCGGGGAUCAUCCGCGACGCCAGUGGCUGUGCAAUUGCAGUGCAGUAAGAAAUAUCCUUGCAGUGGAAUAAGGCUACAAGAUAUAGCGCUUACGUAUAGAAAUCAAGCAGCGAAAGCGUCGUGUGCCUAUGCUGGAGGAAGUGCUUCUGGUGUUAUGAAGCCUUCCAGUUGUUUAUAGAAGAUGAUACCACAUAGUUUAUAAGUUUAAUUUAGUGUAUGUGUAUGUCACUUUCUUGCAUCAUAUGUGUGGUUAUGCAAGAACUCAAGUGACAGAAGAAUGGAUGUAACAACAUAUAUUGGAUAGUGUUGCAUAUGUAUUCUUACCUGUUUAACUUAA